GUCAGGAGGUCGUUGGGGAGUAUACCAAGACAGAAUCAGGCCGAGAAACUACGACCACGAGGGUUUACGACGACAAGAAUGGCCGAACAGAACGACGACGCACUCCAGAAAAUGUCGGCAGAAGAAAUUCCAAAAGCAUCGGAACCGACAGAAAUCGCUCCAACAACAACAGAGAAGGAAGGAGAGAAGUUACCGAAACUGAGUCCUCAAGACUUCAGAGUCUACAACCGCAUGGCCGAACAUAUGGACCUAUUCCACGAAAAUUUCCGGCAAACGUGGAAUACCCUCUACCACGCCGCCUCAACCAAUUCUCGCCCAAACGGAAUGUCAAUCCGGCAAUUUUUGGCUUUGGCUGAACAAUUCUCUCACCACCUCACUGUCCAUCACACGAUUGAAGAACAACAUAUCUUUCCUGUAUUAGCGAGAAAAAUGGAUGUGUUCAAGAAUAAAGAGCAUCUUUUGGAGCAGCAUAAGGGGAUACAUCAGGGUUUGGAGGGGUUUGAGGAAUAUAUCGCGAAGUGUAGGAGCGGGGAGAAGGAGUUGAGGUUGCAGGAGUUGAAGGAGUUGAUGGAUGGGUUUGGGGAUGUGCUCUGGACGCAUUUGGAUGAUGAGGUUAGGACUUUGGGGGCGGAGAAUGUGAGGAGGUAUUGGACGUUGGAGGAAAUGAGGAGGUUGCCUAUGUGAUGAGGAGGACGCUGAUAUGAAAGAUGAGGAGAUAAAUAUAUGGUUGAGAUUCUGCUUGAUUUGUCUUGUGAGAUACCCAUUUAUACAUGAGUGAUGCGAUGAAGAACGAGGUCAUGCCUUUUUCCUUGAGGCCGCGAACUUUUCGUGCCAUUUCCGUUUGGCACCCAAGGACUUGGAGUCUGUUGUUGCGAUGGUUGCUGGUGCAGUGUCGAUGUAUUUGAUCAUGCUGCCACCAUCUUGCAAAGCAUAGGAACCCUGAAGUGCAGUGAAUUCACAUUUGUCCCGCCAGGCUUCCGGUAAGACAUCGCGCCAUGCUCUGAGAAAUCCUGUAGCUUCAAUCGCUCUGCCUUCGGAUUUGGCCUGAAGGAGAUUUAUGCCUGCAAAGCGGACGGCUUUGCUCUCGUCAAGCGCGAAGUGUCCGCCUGGAGUCAGACUUGAACCGCCUUUGAGGACGCUUGAGACCAGCUCCGAGGGCCAGUCUUGACAAAUGUCCAUCGCGAAGGCUGGGAUGUCGUCGUCAGGAAAGGGAUCGGUCAAGCUGAUGCCGUCUGCUGUAGCGGCCGUAAGUGCGAGUUGCCAUAUCUCAGACUUCACCUUCGCGCUGGGCACAUAACAACCUCGAGGGUGCGGAGAUUCAAAGCAUGCCAAUUCUGACCAGCCCUCCUCGCAUUCAGCUUGGCUGAGCGGGAUGUGAGCGAACAGUUCGGCUUUAGUGACCGGAACAGCCGAUGCAUAGUUGCCAUUAGACGAGAACACCGGAAGGGC